GGAUCGCAGGGGCUGGGCUGGGAGACAGAGCGCACUGCCUGCAUCAUUGUUUCUCUAUUGAUGGGAUGAGGAGCAGCCUGGCAUCACAUUAAAUCAGCGUUUCUGAAAGCGAAUGAUGAUGUUGUUGGAUAUUUCCUUGUGAGGCUGAAAUCCCUCCUUUUCAAGGAUGCGCUCCUUUCUUUUCUCCCCAUCUGAAGCGAGUGAUGUCUGUUAGAGUCAGUAGGUAGAUCCCAUCUGAAAGCAGCCUAAAAUGCCUGAUCAUUUGGAAGGGGACCGCCUGCCGUGGGGUGCGGUGAGGAUGUGAUCUUUACCGGGAUUUCCGCUUUCUGGCUCCGCUGUCUCCUCUCCGCCGCUCAGGAUGCCCAGGGCUCUGCGGAGACUGCUGCAUGUGAUGCUCUUCUGCCCGCUGUCCAAAGGCCUGCAGAAUCGUCUGCCAGCCAUCAAGGUGAAGUACCUUCUCCUCGCCUGGUUGGGCAUUCUUAUCAUCAGCUGGAUUGUCUACAUGCAGUAUGCCUCGUAUGCCGAGCUGUGCCGCGGGCAUGUGUGCCAAAUGGUCAUCUGUGAUCACUACAGAAGAGGCAUCAUUUCAGGCUCAUCAUGUAAGGCUUUGUGUGAUCAGAAAACCUUGACUCUGCACCGCUGCAUGUCUACUUCCUCAACCCAUCAGAUCUACAUUGGACUAUGGAAAGAUAGGCCAGUGGUGAUCAAAUGUGGCAUUGAGGAUCCAGUGAACAUAGAUGGAGUCCCAGACACCUUGCCAAGGCCAGAAAUGAGUUUAUUUGACAAACCGACUCGUGGAACCUCAAUGGAUGAAUUUAAAGAGAUGUUGCACAGUUUUCUUAAGGUUAAUCUCGGGGAACAGCCAACUUUAAGCGCCUUGGUGGACAGGUUCAUCACUCUUGCCGACGUCAACCAGGAUAACAAAGUGUCUCUUGCAGAGGCCAAGUCCAUUUGGGCUUUGCUUCAUAUUAACGAGUUCCUCCUGAUGGUGGCGCUGCAGGAGAAGGAGCACACACCAAAACUGCUAGGCUUUUGUGGAGACUUGUAUGUAACAGAACGAGUGACCCAUAGCUCCCUUUACAGGCUGGAGGUCCCUCACUACCUUAAAGCAGUCGUCCCAGAGGCCCUUAGCUCUAGUCUUAACCACUGGCUGGCGCCAUCCUGGCCCCGAAGGGCGCGUAUCACCAUCGGCCUGCUAGAGUUUGUGGAGGAAGUCUUUCAUGGAUCAUACGGGAGUUUCCUUAUCUGUGAUGCCAGCCCUUACCACGUAGGUUACAAUGCUAAGUACGACUGCAAGAUGGCCAGCCUGUACAGCGUGGCAUCAGAUGCCAUGGUGCGAUCUUUUUUAAAGGGUCGACGGUGUGAGAACAAUGCCGACUGCACUUAUGGCAGAGACUGCACGGCCACGUGUGACCGACUGAUGAAGCAGUGCAAUACUGAGGUUGUUCAGCCUAAUCUUGCUAAAGUGUGCAUGCUGCUGCAGGAUUACCUGCUGUUUGGAGCUCCCUCAGACCUGCGGGGGGAUCUGGAGAAGCAGCUACGCACCUGUGUGACACUCAGUGGUUUAGCAAGCCAGAUGGAAGUUCAUCACUCAUUGGUUCUUAACAACCUGAAGACAUUGCUGUGGAAGAAAAUUUCCAACACACAGUACUCCUGAACAUAAACUUAGCCAACACAUUCCCAGUCUUAUGUGUAAACCAUAAAAAAAAUAAAUAAAAAAAAAACAGCUUUUUUUUUUUGGCUUCUGAAGUUUUGCCAAAUGGUAUAACCAAUUUGCUCAUUUGUGUUAUUAUCAUCCGAGAUGCAGUUCUGUGAAAAAGUAUUUACCCUCUAAAGAAUUUCCUAUUUUAUCUUGUUUUGUCAUCCUCUUGACAUUUGAAAUUUUCAUUUUUUUUAUGGCAGGCAAACACAUCAAUCGUCUAAGGAAGUUAAUGAGGUUGUUUUUAAUUUUUAUGAGUCUCCAAUGAACCUCGCUGAUAGAAAUUAACCACAAAUGGAUAAAACCUGAGAGUGGUAUUCCUUUCAGGGGUGAAACAUUCCUCACCUCCAUGACGACAUCAAUAAUUUACAAACAAGAUAACAAAAUAAUAUAAAACUAUUUAAAGCAAUGUAGGCCUUAUUUGCCUCAGUUUUGUCAGGGUUGAUGAUUUACCAAUCAGAAGAGAUGAGGGUAAUCGCUUCAUGGAAAAUUUUAAAGGUAAAUCAUUGUUGAUAAAAAGAACCAGGCCCAUAUUACACUUGCUAAAAGUAUCUAGACGUUCCUUAAGACUGCCACAAUAACAUAAAUCUCCAGUAGAAAAUCAGUACACUGACAGUCAAACAUGAUGUUGUGAUUGUCUGUGCUUUACUGCUACAGAACUUGCUCUACAUAUUGUAAAUGAUAAUCCUAAAUGAGUAUGUCUGAUCAACAGCUUAAGCUCUUGUAGAUAUAUAUAUAUUUUUUUUUUAUCUAAAAGGCACAUGGAAGCCGACCUCUAAGUGAUUAAAGCAAAAAAGGGGCAAAUAAGCUUUUAAAGGGGUCUAUAAAAGUCAGGACCUUAAAUAUGUUCAUAAAUAUACCAAUGAAUUUGAACAACUUUGCAGAGAAUGGCUCCAGGUUCUUCAUGCAAACAAAGGGCUCCUUGUGAGUUACAUUAAACAUUUCAUGGCAGCGUUUGCCACCGAAGGUGGCACACACCCAGUUGUUAGGCUUAGGAAGUAAGUACUUUUAUUUGCUGUCUCUAUGGAAACUGUGAACUGACAUUUAUAACCUCAAUCAAGAGAAUCAGCAAGCCCAAAUUUCUCAUGACAUCAGUUAUUUUAAAGUCAUUGGUUUGCCAGACAUUCAUUUGCACAUAUAUACUCAGGACAAUGCCUGUAACUUCAUCUGUUCCAUUAAAGUAGUUUUGAAAGUAAA